AUACUGCUUUGUUAUAAUAAUUAUUACGUAAAUCAAUCAAUAAUUUUCCAAAUAUUUUCGUCAUUUUUACAAGUAAUCAAUUUAUAUAGUAGUUAAAGUCAGUAUAAUUUCAUAGAUACCAAAGCCCAAACGCCAAUGCCGCAUCGCUUGAUAACAGCAUAACAGCUCACAGCUGUUUGUCAGUUUCGAUUUCGAAUUCGGCUUACUUGCAUAGUUAUUGAAUUCUGUUUAUUAAAAUAAUAUAAAAUAAAAUAUUGUGUUAUAAUAAUAAGUAAAACAAACAAAUGUCGUCUGUCUUGUGCUGUGAUAAGUUAAAAAUUUGUUAAAGGUUUUGUAAGGCUAGACUUUGAUUUUCAAAUCUCAUCGUCCUGUAAUCGGGCACAUGUUCUCCUAACGAAGUUUUUCAAACACGAAAAUACCGCCCAGAAUGACCUACCUACCCUUCAGGAGCAAGCCGUUCAAAAUCCUCUGCAAUUACCUGAACACGUAAAACACGUAAAAAACCAAAGUGACACAAACUCAAAGUGAUAUUAUAAUAGUUCCUCUAUUUAUUCAAAUACAGUGAUAUUAGUUAUAAGUAGCUAAGUGCCAUAUUGACAAUGAUUGUGUUAAGUGUACUUUUAGUUUUGUUGAAAGUUGUCGUGGCGGACAGGAGGCACUUGCCCCCCACGUGUGAAAGUACGAUAUUCUGCCAUGGCCCCCUCCUAGACACGGUCCAGAUGGCUGGCCUGUACAACGACUCCAAGACCUUCGUAGAUAUGAAAAUGAAGCUGUCGCCCAAUAUCACAUUGGAACAUUUUAAUCAGAUGAUGACCAGGACAGGUUCCAGACCAACGAAGGCUGAUAUCCAGGAGUUUGUUAAUCAAAAUUUCGACCCUGAAGGUUCUGAAUUCGAAGAAUGGCGACCUACAGAUUGGAAAGACAAUCCCGCAUUUCUUCAAAGGAUCAAAGACCCUCACUUCCACCAAUGGGCAACAGACCUAAACCGACUUUGGCUACAACUCGGCAGGAAGAUGAAGGAUGAGGUCAAACAGAAUCAAGAACUGUAUUCAAUCAUAUAUGUUGAUAACCCUGUGAUUGUUCCUGGUGGUCGUUUCCGUGAAUUCUACUACUGGGACUCGUACUGGAUUAUCAAGGGUUUGUUGUUAUCUGAAAUGCGCACCACCGCCAAGGGGAUGGUCGUUAACUUUUUGAACAUAGUCGACAGAUUCGGCUUCAUACCCAAUGGAGGAAGAAUUUACUAUUUAAUGAGAUCUCAACCACCUCUCCUAAUUCCCAUGGUGAAAUUAAUAAUGGAUGACUUUGGUGACAUUGAGUUUCUGAGACAGCAUAUAGAAACAUUGGACCGUGAAUACGACUUCUGGGUGAAGAACCAUACCAUUGAGGUGGAUUACGAUGGACAGAAAUACAAAUUAUUAAGAUACACCGACCAAUCACAAGGACCCAGACCAGAGAGCUACAAAGAAGAUAUUGACUGCGCUAGACAUUUCGACACCGAGGCCAAAAAGGAAGAAUUAUACGCCGAGUUAAAAUCAGCUGCUGAAUCCGGGUGGGACUUUUCGUCGAGAUGGUUCAUACUUAACGGCACUAACAAAGGAAAUCUGACAAACCUUAAAACGCGAUCAAUUAUUCCCGUCGAUCUAAACGCAAUACUGUGCUGGAACGCUCAACUGAUGGCUGAAUUUCAUGAAAAAUUGAAAAAUUUUGACAAAGCUCAAUAUUAUAGAGACAUGCAUGCUAGACUAAUGGAGGCUAUUGAAAAGGUCCUUUGGCACGAGGACGUCGGCGCUUGGUUAGAUUUCAGUCUCGAAUCAGGCAGACGGAGAGACUACUUCUACCCAUCAAACGUCGCCCCUCUGUGGACCGGAAGCUACGACAAAGCGAGGAAGGACUACUACGUGAAUCGAGUCAUCAACUACUUGGAUAAAGUUAAGGUGGACAUCUUCGAGGGCGGCAUCCCCACGACGUUCGAGCACUCGGGCGAGCAGUGGGACUACCCCAACGCGUGGCCGCCGCUGCAGGACAUGGUGGUGUCGGGGCUGGCGCGCUCGGGCGUGGCGCUGGCCGCGCGCGCCGCCGCGCACCUCGCCGCCAAGUGGGUGCGCUCCAACUACGAGGUCUGGCGCCAGAAGACCGCCAUGCUGGAGAAGUACGAUGCAACAAUAUUCGGCGGUUACGGCGGCGGUGGUGAAUACGUGGUACAAACUGGCUUCGGCUGGACCAAUGGCGUUAUUAUGGCCCUUCUCGACCAGUAUGGAGACACGUUAUCUGUAGCGGAGGCGUUCGGCGAGGAGGGCGCGGAGGAGGUGCGCGGCGCGGCCGUGGGCGCGGGCGGCGUGGCCACCGCGCUGCUCGUCGUCGCCGCGUCGCUGGCCGCGGGCGCGCUCGGGCUCGUUAUGUACAGAAAGCGUCGGGAUUACGCGCCUCUUAUCAACGGCGAAGAUUUAAAACUCCUAGGACGAAGACCGUAUACGGAACUCAGAAGUAUGAACGGAGCAUCAAACCCAAGACAACGGUGAAUGCAAACUACCUCCCCUUACUAGAGAUGAUGAAUUGAAAAGUCAACGAAAUCAAUCAAAACCUAUACGUUUUUGCAAACAAAAAAUUACACUGUCUUUCUUGCUCAGCGACCAAUCAGAACGGCUCACUAAAAGUAUACUUACUCGAUGCGACUUGCUUUCGUGUUCGACAAUAAGGAACAAGUAGUAGGGGAUAAUUAGUCAUUAUUGUCCAGCUCUAUUCUCUUUUUAAAGUUGGGCUAUUGGAGUUUGUGUACCAGUUCUAUUAUGUGCUGUGAAUUGAAACUCGUGUAUAUAUUUAUAUAUAUAUAGAUAGAUAAGUAUCCUUGCUUGUAUAUUUUAGGGAUUAGUUUUGUUCAAUUUAUAACUUGACCUUGAUAUGUUUUUGUCAACAUUUUUAGAUUUUUUUUUAUAUUAUUUUACAUAUACCGAAGACUAGGCUUUAUGGUGUAGCACCUUUGCCAUUUCCAAAUAAAGAAAAACAAAGUAUAUAAAAUGUUAUGUAAAAUCGUUUUUUUUAUUAUUUUAUUCAAACAAUCAUGUACCAAUGUAAUAAAUAUAGUAAAAUUCACAUAUAGUUUUGGUCAAGUAUCUUUGUUUCUGGGUCCAAGUUAUGCCCAUUUAAAAACCAAAUUAUGUUGGUCUCACCAACUAAACAAAAUGUAUCGUCAAAGUAGAUCAAUAGUUAUAGUUAUAUAUAUCGAUUUGAAAUCACAUUUUCAAUAACAUUAUAUCAUCAAUUAGAUGCAAAUUAUUUAUUUACAAAAGGUCUAACAGACAUUUUUUAAAAUACCAACUGAAAGCUACUCAACUUUAUCGUUUUUGAUGGAAUCAAAAACAAAAAGUAUUUUAUAUAACAUUUUUAUUUACUUGUACAUAUUUUAAACAUAUAAACUGUUUCAUAAUGUUUAAAUUCAGCUUAAUAUAUAACUUUACAUAAUGACAAAUAGUUUAUUAUUAAGGUGUUCCCAAAGAGAUAUAGAAUGGACCAAGCCAAGAAGAGAAAUAGAUCUAGUUAGAGAUCUGACAACAUUAGAAAGAGACUUAUCAAUAUCUGUCUCUUUUACGUCUGUAAUGAUAAAAA